UGGAUGGCCAGCAAAAAUGGCCAUCGGUGAACGGCGUUAAGGCGGUAUCAAUGAGGCGAUAGGCGGCGCUGCGCGCUCUCUGUCAGAGCUGCGGGGAGAGGCAACAAAGGACAAGGCUUAAGGGGCGGCGCCCUCGCGUUCAUACGGCAUUCGACGCCAGCGCGCCUCGGCGAGGAGAUCUGCUUCCCGGGGAACAGCCGUGUACCGACCGCUGCAUCGGGGGCGUCAGCACCCUCUCCGCUUUCCUGGGUGAAGUGGAAGGGAAAUUGGAAGUGGUGCCGCCACACUAGGCUGACGAUGCGGGCGGCGGUGGUGGCUCUGCUGCUGAUGACGGCGGCAGGCUCAGUUCUGGGCCGCGUCACGGAGACAUCGCUCCCUGCCGGAGCGGAGGCGACACUGGAGCAGCCAGGCCCUCAGGGACGGGCGUCCGAAGGCCGGCCUGCUGGUGAGCGUACCGCGGGCCGGAUGGCGCCGCCACCGAGCGCCCCACCGCGCCCGGCGCUGGCCAACGGCACGGCCACAUGCGCCGGCUCGCUGUUCCGCUGCGACGACGGCCGCUGCAUCGAGUGGGCGCUCGUCUGCGACGCCUCGCCCGACUGCCGAGACGGCUCGGACGAGGCGGCUUGCCAGCCUAGCCGGCGGCCGCGCAGGGGCGUUGGCGGCUGCACUGACAAGGAGUUCCGCUGCCUGGACGGCACGUGCAUCGAACGGUGCUACACGUGCGAUACGCGGCCCGACUGCCCCGACGGCUCAGACGAGCACGCGGACCACGGCUGCGCCCUGCUCUGCGGACCAGGCGAGUUCCGGUGCGACAACAGGUGUCUUCCGAACUCGAAGCUGUGCGACGGUGUGAGGGACUGCAUCUUGGGCAACGAUGAAGUCGGAUGUCCGACGCUACCGCCGCCGCCUCCGCCGCCGCCAUCGUUCUGCACUGACAAGGAGUUCCGCUGUCUGGACGGCACGUGCAUCGAACGGUGCUACACGUGCGAUACGCGGCCCGACUGCCCCGACGGCUCAGACGAGCACGCGGACCACGGCUGUGCCCUGCUCUGCGGACCAGGCGAGUUCCGGUGCGACAACAGGUGUCUUCCGAACUCGAAGCUGUGCGACGGCGUGAGGGACUGCAUCCUGGGCAGUGACGAGGUCGGGUGUCCGACGGCGCCCACAGUAGCGCCAUGUUCCUACUACGAGUUCCGGUGCGACGGGCGAUGCCUGGACAAUGGGAGGCGCUGCGAUGGAAGGAGGGACUGCUCCGACGGUUCUGAUGAAAGGGGCUGUCGUCCCACCACCACAACCCCAAGACCUUGCUCGUAUUACGAGUUCCGUUGCGACGGAAGAUGUUUGGACUUUGGGAGACGUUGUGAUGGAAGGAGAGAUUGUUCCGACGGCUCCGACGAAAGAGGAUGCCGUCCCACCACCACAACCCCAAGACCUUGCCUCUAUUACGAGUUUCUUUGUGACGGGAGAUGUCUGGAUCUAGGGAGGCGUUGCGACGGAAGAAGGGACUGCUCCGACGGUUCCGAUGAAAGGGGAUGCCGUCCCACCACCACAACCCCAAGACCUUGCUCGUAUUACGAGUUCCGUUGCGACGGGCGAUGUUUGGACGUUGGGAGACGUUGUGAUGGAAGGAGGGACUGCUCUGACGGCUCCGACGAAAGGGGGUGUCGUCUCACUACAACAACCCCAAGACCGUGCGCAAGCUACGAGUUCCGUUGUGAUGGGCGAUGCCUGGACACCAGCCAUCGCUGUGAUGGCGUGCCCGAGUGCUCGGACGGCUCCGACGAGCGAGGAUGCCCGGAGCCGCAGCCGGUGACCGGCUGCGCCGACAACGAGUUCCACUGCCUCAGCGGCGAAUGCAUCGACAGCUGCUACAUGUGCGAUGGCCGCAAGGACUGCGCCGACAACUCUGACGAGUCGCACCAACACGGCUGCUCGCGUUCAGCGCCGUGCGCGGGCAGCGAGUACCGCUGCGACGAGCGCUGCAUGCCGGCCGAGACACUCUGCGACGGCAAACGGGACUGCUCCGACGGCCACGACGAGCGGGACUGCUGAGACGGCCACGACGAGCGGGACUGCUGAGACGGCCGCGACGAGCGGGACUGCUGAGACGGCCGCGACGAGCGGAACUGCUCCGACGGCCACGACGAGUGGGACUGCUGAGGCGGUCGCGACUAGCGGGACUGCUGAGGCGGCCGCGACGAGUGGGACUGCUGAGGCGGCCGCGACGAGCGGGACUGCUGAGGCGGUCGCGACUAGCGGGACUGCUGAGGCGGCCGCGACGAGCGGGACUACUCCAACGGCCACGACGAGCGGGACUGCUGAGGCGGCUACGACGAGCGGGAUUGCUCCGACGGCCACGACGAGUGGGACUGCUGAGACAGCCGCGACUAGCGGGGCUGCUGAGGCGGCCGCGACGGGCGGGACUGCUCGGACGGCCACGACGAGCGGGACUGCUGAGGGGGCCGCCGCCCGGCGGCGAUAGUCGGCGCUGGGCGCGGUGCACCGCCGCGGGCGAUGCAGCUUUCUGGGAAGAGAUCGUAAAUCAGCUAAGAGGUGACAGCAUUGUAACGCACCCAUGCCCAUACUCCACUGGCGGAUGGACCUUCGGGGCUCGGGGGCCGGCAAGACUGUGGACAUGGCAACGAUCGCCUGCCUUUCUGGUGGGGAGCUGGUUUGUUGAUCCGAAAGCAUCGUGCGACUUUAUUUGGUGCGGUGCCUCCUCUUAGCCGCAACUGGCAGAGCGCGGCGACUAAGCCGUUGCGUUUCUUUGCCAUGGCCCCGUGCAUAUUGCCACAUAUGUUGAUGCGAGUCAGUGUGCCUUGAUGACGUGUCUCAAACAGGCACUAGUCCGGAGUUCGAAGUCUAUUUGUUUGUGAGACGGAACUUGUGCGGAUGAUUCUGUCGCGGGACUGGGUGCAUUGUCAUUAGUGCGGGGAGAUGUCUUGUUUUUCUCAAAAUAUACGACAAAAUA